UAGGUAAAGGGGAUCUAUGAUAUAGGAGCUGGACUUCUUUCUGCAUUGAAUGUUUGCUUACAUAUCUUUGACUACCGUCCACACACACUUUUACGGAUCUGUUGGAGAGAAGCCGCUUUAACUCCCACACAAUGGCGUCUGAUAACAAAUUGAUGAAGAACGAUCAAUUAGUCUCCACUAUGAUAAGGCAAGGCUUCAUAUACCACCAUCCUUUCCUCUCAUCUCCAUCUCCUCCGUCUAAACUCGCCGCCGCCGCCGCCGCCACUCUCUCACCUCCGCCGCCCAAUCAAAGCCCGACCCUCUUCGAAAUGAUGGCCAAGGAGCAGCCUCCUAGCUUCAGACAAUCGCCGGAGGCUUGCCACCGUGCCCAAGAGCGAAUCUCCCGGGUUCUGGCCCAUGCGCCUUUCCAAAGCCCUACCAGCGCUAACCGCUAUGGCCCCGGCGAUGUCAAUCUGACUGUGGCGGCGCGUGACGGCGGUCCCAAGGUUUCCAUGGACGUUCAUCGGAGGGUUCUGGUCGCGCGGAGCAGGUUCUUCGCGGAGAACCUUCGGCAGGAUGGGUCCCACUCGGUGGAGAUCCUGGACUGCGAUGAUGUCGAAGUGUAUGUGGAGACUGUCGUUCUCAUGUAUUGUGAGGACUUGAAGAAGAAAAUGAUUGGUGAGGGGGUCUCUAAAGUCUUGGGUCUGCUAAAGGUGUGUUCGGCUAUUGCGUUUGAUGAUGGAAUAAGGGCUUGUUUGGAGUAUCUGGAGGCAGUUCCAUGGCGUGCAGAAGAAGAGGACAAAGUAGUCACACUUCUGAAUGAACUUCACCUCUCUGAUUCAGCAUCUGAAGAUGUACUUCAGAGAAUAGCAGUUUCUAAUCCUUCAACUUCCUCUCCAGUGGGCACUGAUGAAGUCUUUUUGAAGCUUUUUGCUAGUGUUUUACAGGCUAAGGAUGACAAAGCCCGUAAAGAGAUGAAAACAAUGAUUUCUAGGCUUCUUAAAGAUGAUUCCACUGAUGUUCCUCAAGAGAUUCUGUAUCAUAUUUGUCAUGAAUGCCUUAAUUCUCUGCUAAUUUCCCUGUCUGAAGCAUUAAGUGUAGAUGAGAAUAUGAAGGACCGGGGAGCCAUAAUGGGCAGGAUUGCUAGAGAGGCAGACAAUGUUCAUUGGGUGGCUGAUAUCCUAAUUGAGAGAAAGAUGGGGGAUGAAUUUGUAAUUUUAUGGGCGGAUCAAAAGGAGCUUGCUUCUCUUCAUUCAAAAACACCAACCAUGUACCGGCAUGACAUCAGCAGGAUCACAUCACAACUUUGUGUGGCAAUAGGUAGAGGUAAUAUUCUGGUGCCCAAAGGUGCACGACACGAGUUGCUAGUGACAUGGUUGGAAGCACUUUAUGAGGAUUUUGGAUGGAUGAGGAGAGCGGGUAGAUCAAUUGAUAAAAAGGAGGUUGAGGACGGGCUGAGCCAAACGGUCCUUACUCUUCCGUUGCCCCAACAACAAGAAAUCAUGCUUAGCUGGUUCGAACGGUUUCUUAACCAAGGGGACGAUUGCCCAAAUAUGCAGAAAGCAUUUGAAGUGUGGUGGAGAAGGGCUUUCAUUAAUCAGUAUGUGGUUGAUUCUCAUCAGUUACAGAUAGCUCUUUGUGAUUAUCCAGGUUGAUGGUAGUAGGGCACUUAAAAGGAGGGUUUGGCUUAGAAUUUCCCAAAAAAGGUUGGGUUGAAGACUUGAAGUGAAUGUUGACAAUGGAAAUGGCUUUGUAGUUUUGGCAUGGAGAUUGACAGAUAAUAAAUUUCUCCUAUUGAGGUUGAUGAUAGGAUGUCUUUGAAGGAAUUACGGCUCUCUCAUUGCAACACUAGAAUAGCUCGUCGAGAGUUCACACAAUCCCGAAAAAGCUCAAGGAGUACAAUUGGACGAUAACUCUCAUACGGCCUGAAAUUAAUAAGGUUGCCGAAUUUCUAGCUUACCGAAAUACUUUGAUUAAACUCUUCAUGUCAAUCAUUUUGUUGCUAUCCUUAAAUUUGAUGCAAUUAGCUAUCCUUAUGUAUUUUAAUUCAGAGUAGCUUCGGUAUACUCCACCUACUCUUGUGUGUUUUAUUUUCGAUAAAUAGGCGAGGUGUUCCUUGGCUCUCACCCCGUUUACCUUUGGGUAACGGUUCACCACAGGAUUAAAAAAAGUAAAUUUCUC